UGAGCACUGACGCAGCCCGGCGCUACGUGCAGCGAUCGCCCACGGAAACCAGCACGACUUCCCUUGCUUCUUUCCUCAGGCUCUCUGCGCGAAGUGAAACUUAUCCCCUCGGUGGUCUUUGCCUGUAAUCGGAUUUCAAUGAUGUGGACGCACGCGGAUUUACGAACGAUUACACGAAUGUGUCUUCUCCCCAAAGAGGCGGCACUUGCGUAAUUGUGGCCACAAAUGUGGGAAUUUGCCAGUUCUAUAUUCUCAGUGCAUAAAUUCUCAUGUGAAAUCUCAACUCACUUAAGGAACAAACCGCAGUGAGGGAUGGGGUCUGAGGCAGCUUCUUCGAAUGCCGGGAAGCCGAGCAUGACUGAGACUCCCCUCAUUCUGAAGCGCCCUCAAGGAAUUAGACCUCCUUUAUCAGAGCGCAGAACUGAUCUCCUCCAGAUAAGCAAGAUGAAUCACGGACCCAGUCACACCUACCCUCCGGUCUUUCUGGUGGACCGAGGUGGGCCCCAGCCACCCGUGAUGGACCCUCGCCUGGUACCCUGCUGGUCUUUCCCUCCCGCAGCGGUGAAGAGGAAGAAGAGAGGCUGCUGUGAAGGAGCCUGUGCAGUCACAGUGCUGGUGCUCAUCCUUUUCGUCAUACUGGGAGCGCUGGGGCUAGGAGCCUUCCGGAUGCACAGGCUGCAGGCUGAACUGGUGCAACUGAGACAGGAUAUGAUUGCUCAGUGUGAGGGCCCCACGCUGCAGAAGCAAAUUGGUCUUCAAGAGACGAGCGUGGAAAAGAAAGAGACCAGACUGGCAGCACAUCUCACAGGUCGGAUCGAGAAGGAAAAGCCCUCCAGGACUCUGAGCUGGGAGCCGAAGCACGGCCGGGCCUUCACCAGCGGGGUGGACUACCGGGACGGGGGGAUCCAGAUCAACGAGACGGGCCUGUACUUUGUGUACUCGCGGGUGGAGUUCAUGGGCAAGCACUGCCGUGCAAAAGACUCGCUCUCCCACACCGUGUUCAAGAGGAGAGAGGCAGCCAAGCCGCUGGUCCUCCUGGAAGGACACCGCGAGGGCUACUGCCGCCCCGCGCGAGAAGAAGGCCUGUGGUCCUCCAGCAGCUACUUGGGUGCCGUGUUCCAGCUGACCCGCCUGGAUCGGGUUUUUGUCAACGUGUCCCAUCCCGCCCUGCUCAGCCACAGCCAUAAUGCUAAUUACUUUGGUCUCUCCAAAUUGUGAAGAACUGGCACUCACCAUGACCCCCAUUGCAUGAGCUCCACUCAAAACAAUUCAGUCAGUGAAAAGGAUUUGAACAAACAACAGUUAUGAACCAUUUGCUUAGAGCAACGAUACAGUAUUUUCUCCAUAUUGAUUUAUUGAAUGUACAUGUCCUGAGAGUAAUUUUAACUGAAUGUACAGUUUUGGUUUCAUUUAUAGGACUCUUUUCUGUUACUUAAAUAUUUGGACGUUAACACUAAUGUGCUGCAGAGAUUCACGAAGUACAGCCCACAUAUUUAUUAUUUGAAUUAUUUAAUCCUGGUGAAGCCAGCUUUAAGAUUUGAUUGUACAGUUUGUUCUUCUGGACAUAAAAAUAAGUAAAUAUCCAUGUAUGUUUUCAUAACAAAGGAUGUCAUUGUUCUAGUUUACACCAUUUUCUUUAAAUAAAAAAUAAAACUAAAAGCAUUUCAAAAUUCUAAUUCAA